GCCGAAUUACUUAAGAUCGAUAGUGCUGGACCGAAAAAAGCAGUUACUCAGAAAGCAGUGGAUGCAGGAACUGAAUGUAAAUUUGGGCGAGCUGAACAAGUGGUACCAGCUCUGUCUGAGACGGUUCAAGAGGGGCUUCAUGGCGUUGAAUGUUUGACAGAAGGUGACAGAAAAAAAUCACUUGAGCUGAAACGGGAUUACUUUGAAGGUCGUAAUGUUUUGCAAGCCGAUGAUGAACGUCCUGAAAAAGAGAAAGUUGUGAAGCUUGAAGGACGAGAACGCCAAAUAACAGAAGUUAAACAGAUUGCACUGACGUCAGCCAAGGAAGCAUUUGAGAUAUUUCCCGUAGCAGAUCCGGAAAAAAUUAGAGCUGAAACAUUUAUAGAAGCGUCUAAACGAGAACAAGAAGAUGUAAAGACAAGGGGAGAAGAAAGUAAUAAAAAAGCGGUAGCAGCGGACAGAGGAAAGCUUGAAAGUACAUCACCUGAAGAUGUUUCAUCCGUAUCAGAUAAAGGAACCCGUAAAAAAGAGGAUUUGUUAGAAAGUGGAAUUAGACCAGCAGAUGAAUGGAAAUCAGGAGAAUAUCUCGCUGAUCAGUGCUUUGUUUUGAAAACCAGGCAGGAAAGUCAGAUAGGAGAAAAAGUUAUGAUGAUACAACAAUUAAACGAUGGUACUAACUUAGCGGACCAAACAGCACUCGCAGUAAAUGAAGAACGCAUUGCAGGACAUAAAAGCAGCGAAGUGAAGGAAGUCAGACCUCUAGCGAGAGAGGGGGCAGCUGAGAAAAAAAAAUUUGAUCUUUCUCGGGAAGAAGGAUCUGAAAGUUCAUUAGCUCAGCCGGAAUCAUUGGCACCAGCUGAAUUUUAUAAGGCAGAAAAUGUACCGAAAAGUGAAGGCAAAUCACCUAAGCCUAAGCCAGUGAAUGCAGAACAAGAAUACUGCGAAGCAGAGAGCCUUCCAGAACGCAGAGAUGAGAUGCUUAUAGUUAUGGAACCUCGAGAGAAGUAUGAAACUACGUUGCCUGAACAAAUAACAUCGGUGCUGACUGAAGGUAUU